GUACCAACAAUGGCUAUUGAAAGAGUUUACAUUGCAAACAAUACAUCACUUAUACAAGAUGAAGUUCUAUCCCAUAGAUUAGGCCUCAUACCAAUCAUUGCUGAUCCCAGGCUAUUUGAAUAUCCAGAUAAUGCUGGGGAUGAUAGGAAUGAAAAGAAUACCAUUGUCUUCAAACUACAUGUUGCUUGCCAUAAAGGACAGCCACGUAUGACCGUGAGAUCAGAUGAACUAAAGUGGUUACCUAAUGGGAGUGAGCUAAUAGCUGAAGAUGCCAAACCAAGUGCAAGUUCAAAACCAAAGACAUUUACAUCCUUUACUUGCAGUCAAGAAUCGAUUCCCGAAAUUUCCAGCAAUCCAAUUGGUCCCAAAUAUUUGGAUAUUAUAUUAGCUAAACUUGGACCUGGUCAGGAAAUUGAACUUGAAGCUCAUGCAGUUAAAGGUGUUGGUAGAACACAUGCAAAAUGGUCACCAGUUUCCACUGCUUGGUAUCGGAUGCUUCCGGAGGUUGUCCUCUUGGAGAACAUUGAGGAUGAUCUGGCCGUCAAACUACAAGAAAAAUGUCCAGUUGGAUUAUUUGACAUUGAAGAUAUUGGGGAAGGCAAAAAAAGGGCCACGGUAGCCAGACCACGAGAUUGCACUCUGUGUAAGGAAUGCAUUAGAGAGGGAAAAGAAUGGGAAGAUCGUAUAUCAUUACGUCGUGUUAAAGAUCACUUCAUUUUUACUAUUGAAUCGACUGGAGCAUUGCCCCCUGAAGUGCUAUUCACUGAAGCUGUGAAGAUUCUGGAAGACAAGUGUGAACGAGUAAUUACUGAACUUUCUUGAUUUUCUGUGGUAUCUUGCAACGAAAGCAAUGGUAAAAAUGUAGUAGUGCAUGAUUACACAUGGUUUGUAUUGUUAUUAUCUUUAUCUAAUCCUCUAAGAAUAUAUAUUUUUUCUUUUGAUAUAAAAGCUCUCUUUUCUUGUA